AUGACGCAGGCGAUGAUCUUUGCGUCGGUACUGCCUUUGACGUUCUGGGGGGACGCUGCUGAGUAUGCGACAUACAUACUCAACAGAAGCCCUACGAGCGCGAACCCGAAGCGCGCAACACCAAUUGAAGUCCUGACGAAGCAAGCUCCAGAUCUACGCAAACUUUUUGUCUUUGGUUCGUAUUGCACUGUGUGCUGUGAUCUACGGAAGGACGCGUUCGCCCAUCGCGCUCAAGUCGGCACCAUCGCUGGUGGAAGCCGCGAGACGAAAGUGCUCUGUGUUUACUUGCGCAAGGACAACUUUGUUGUCGUCACACAACAUGUCAAGAACAUCGAGACACUGCCAACAGCGCAGAACGCACAACUGCAGCGCGAGCUCGAGAGCAAAGACCGUGCCACCACCAGCAGCGGCGCUCUAGAGCCAAUGCAUGCGACGCAACCGUCGAAGAAGUCCGUUACGAGUCAGGACGAGGCCGCUCAUAGCACUGACGUGGUGAGCCCCGUGUUCAAAUUUGAUCCGAAGAACUACCGCGAAGCGAUCAAGAUCACGCAGUGUUUGAACUGGAAGAAGGCGAUGGAGGAGGAGCUUGCGGCUCUCGAGUCCAACGACGUGUGGACAGUUGUCCUUCGUCCGAGUGGCAGCAACGUCUUGCGUUCCAAGUGGGUCUUUAAGAAUGAAACGACCGCGGACGGUGAGAUCGAACGUCGCAAAGACCGCUUGGUUGCCUGUGGCAACGAGCAAGUUCUGGGCGUUGAUAACUUCCUGACCUUUGCUGCGACGUGGGACGUCCCGGCUAAGCAUGGUGACAUACCCAAUGCGUAUGUCAAAGCGUCAAAGAAGCCGCAUCUCGAGAUCUUACUGCACAUCCUAAACGGCAUGGACGUACCAGCGGUGCGCAUGCACGAGCUCGGUGUCACGAGCACGAAAGACCUGGCUUUAGAGCUACGCUUAAGUCUCUAUGGCCUUAAAUAG